CUUUUCUGUGAAGUUUACAGACCAAUAAAACUUAUAUGAAAGGACAUAACUGUGAUACUACCAGAAUGGUUAUUAGAAUUAGCUCCGCAUUUUUAUGAAGAAAUCCCUUGAACCCAUUUAAUUCUAUUUUUUGUAAAUUACUAUGAUAAUAAAAAGAAAAAAAAUUAAUUCAUAAAUGUUUCAUGGCGUGAUUAGACUAGAAUUGAUUACGUUAAGUCAAAAUCAAAAUUCCACAAGUUUAAUUCAAUGGUAGAUCUGUUACAAUUUUGAAGGUAUCGUGGACCCUAAGUGUGGUUAGGUCUGCAUGUAUGUACAAUAAUCUAACCUCAAAAGCUGAAUAUAUAAAUACAUAUAUAAUAUAUAACUUCGCAGUCCACUGUCUGUACCGACAUUUGAAAAAGUAACGUUCCUUAAACUCCUUUGCGCUUGUAUAACCGAAUAAAUCUACAUUAAAAAGAAAAUUUGAAAUAAUAGUCUAUUUGACUUCGAAGUGGCAAAUACUUUGCCAUUUAUAUACAUAUAAGAAAGACGAUAUGGCUGCAUUCCGGAACGUGAUAUUGACUUUAAUUUUGUGAUAUUUUACUAAUAAAUGGCUAAAAUAGUUGAAUCGCUGAAGAGAUUGAGUGUUGAACAUGACACAAGGAAACCUAAUAACAAUAGAACCAAGAGAAAAAGCGAAUUAGUAUCAUCAAUAGAGGAAGCAGUAUCUAUUAAUCAUAAUUACAUCCUUGCUGUCUGUGGAACACAAAGUGAUCAAUUCAGGAUUGGUACUGCUCUAUCCGAUCUCACAUGGGUAAUAUAUUCUGUUGGAGAGAGAAUCAGCCGGCCAUUACUCUAACUCGUAUCAAGUCACCCCAUUGUUGAUAUUAGGUUUAGUCCUACUUCCAAAAACAUUUUUAUAUAUCAACAACAGUGGACUAAUUCAGCAUGCGAUUUGCGUGCUAAGGGAAAGGUUGUCGCAGAGUUUAAGGAUAGUACAGAAGAUGGAAAAUGAAAACCUCUGCUGCAGUUUCGAUAUAGUUACGACGAGAGGAUUAUAGCAGGCGGCACCGAGCACAUAGGAGGAGACGUUAUAUUAUUUUGGGAUAUAAGACAUGCUAACUCAAAAUAGAUGACAAAAACAGUCUUCUUGGUGGGGUACUGGGAAUCUCACAUGGAGGAUGUCACCUCUUUGGCAUUUCAUCCUAAUAAACAGGAUGUCCUAGCUUCUGGUAGUACAGAUGGAUUGAUUAACAUCUUUGAUCUUACACAGCCAUCUGAAGAAUCUGCCCUAACUUAUUCUUAAACACUGAAUCAUCUGCUGGUUAAGUUAAUAUUUUUCGUGGGCUAAAGUAAAAUGUAUUAAAAUGCUUUUUUAAACGAAAUGGAUAGGAUAGGCGGUUGAACGACCGAUAAUCUCUGGUGUACAACUCAUACACAUUCAUUGCAACUUUGGAAUUGCGAUGUGGCUCCGUAUGCUAAAUUCGAAACGUAGUAAUUUAGCUGUUCUCAGAAUGAUGAUCCAGAUAAUUGUUAUGUGGUCAGAUGUCAUGCUUCCAGCGUGCUGGAGCAUCCGUUUCUAUUAGCAGGUUCCAAUAACGCGAAAGGGGAAAAUUUAAGAUGUUUGAAUAUCAUAAAUGAUAGAUUAGAAGUGGGUCAUAACAUGAUUGGAAAUAAACAAAUAGUGCGGGAUAGCUGGUUACACGAAAAGAGUGGUUCCUUAAUAACAGUAGGCGAAGGUGCGCUAAUAAAUAUUUGGAGGCAAACAGAAAACACGUCCAUUGAACAAAAUUCAAGCCACAAGUUAGUGGCAAAAAUUGGCACUGAAGGACGUGAACGCCAACAUAGGACUAAGCCAUACUAAAACGAUAGGAUUAAAAUUUAUAAAUCCACAAUGAAUUUUUGUAAGUAAAUAUAAUAAACUAUCACACGUAACAUUUCC